AUGGGCGCGGGCUCGGGCCCAGGGCGGAACCCCUGGAGCUCUCCGCUCGACCCGACCGGUCCCGUCGGCGGGGCGGGGCUAGGGGAGGCGGACGAAGCUGGCGUGACCGCGCUGGUGGCUGCUGGACAGCAGAAGGCGCAGUUCACUACACAGGUGCAUCACUUCGUGGAGCGCGGUUGGCAUGAAUGUGUGGAGAAGCCGGGGAGCCGCCUAGACUCUGGAACUGAAAAUUGCCCCUCGACCUGUGUGAACCGCUUCAUUGACACUACUCUUGCCAUCAUCAGGCGGUUUGCCCAGAUUGUACAGAAAAGAGGGCAGUAG